CUGAAAUAGAUCGUGUACUUAAAAGGGUAUCAGAGGGUGUGGAAACAUUUGAGGCAAUAUUUGAUAAAAUACAAGCAGCAAUCAACUCGAAUCAAAAGGAAAAAUUGGAACAAGAUCUCAAGAAAGAAAUUAAAAAACUUCAGAGGCAACGUGAUCAAAUAAAAGCAUGGAUAUCUUCAAAUGACAUUAAAGACAAACGUGCAUUAAUUGAUAAUAGACGUUUAAUAGAGCAGCAAAUGGAAAAAUUUAAAGCAUGUGAAAAAGAAAUGAAAACUAAAGCCUAUUCAAAAGAAGGUUUGCAACAAUCUGUUAAAAUGGACCCAAAAGAGAAGGAGAAAAUGGAGACUUGUGAAUUUGUAGCAAGUCAGAUUGAUAUUCUCAGCGCACAGAUUGAAACAGCCGAAGCUGAAGCUGAAAGUUUGCAAAGUGCUGUUAAGAAAGGAAGAAAGGAUACUCAAAAGGUUGAACGUCUGACUGAAGUUGAUCAUCUAAUAGAGAGGAAUAAGUGGCAUGUUAAUCGUUUAGAAUUAAUAUUAAGAUUAUUAGAAAAUGGAAAUAUUUGUCCUGAAAAGGUUAUCCAAAUCCAAGAAGAUAUCAAAUAUUACGUUGAAAGUAAUCAAGAACCUGAAUUUGCAGAAGAUGAAAAUAUAUACGAAGAUUUAAAUCUCGAAGAAGAAGAAGAAUUAUACGCGAUUGCAAUUGCAAAUGAGGAACAUCACAGCAGUCACGACUCUGUUACUGAUGAACCAUGGACACCACAAAAGGAGGCAAGAAUCAAUCUUUUAUAUAUCCAAAUGGCAAUGGCAUUUGCAUUAAUUGUGCCAGCCUAUUUGGAUGGACCAAUGUGUGAUCUUAAUGCUCAUUUAAGCCCAGUAACAUCGCUGACGUCGAGGGUCACUGUUCCUAAAAAUACUGUACCUCUUCCAUCGAGAAAAAGUAGCAAUGCAAAUGAAUCCUUGUCAACGUGGCUUAAGGAAGAAGAUAAACCAAAACCUCCUUCAAUAUUGGCUCAAGCAUCUACAUCUGAUUCUGUUGUUAUUAAUUUGAAAUCGCCGCCACCUACAUUUCCUUCAUUAAAAACCACCUCCAAUUCAGGACCAACCGCCGCCACCACCGUAAUGCGAACGAUAGCCUCUGUAGCUAAACAAGCAUCACUUCAAUCACAAACGAAUCCACCCUCACCUAUACAACAAUCUCAGCAGACGCAAAUUCGUCCUACUACUAUAGAUAGUGAUAUCAAAAAAGAUUCUUCAAAUGAUUCAAUUGAAGUUAAAAAACAGGGUUUCUCACAAUCCAAAAAUGAUAUUCAGACCAAUCCUUUAGAAUCUCAGUCAUAUACUCCAAAAGAUCAGGGAACUUUACUGUCGCCACCACAACAUUAUCAUCCACAACAUCGCCAACAACCAACUGCAUCUAAUUCAUCUUCAAUACAAAAUUCAAUUGAUGUUGGUGCUAAUAUCAAUAAUCAAGAAAAUCAAGAGCAGCAUGAUAAUCAAGAUUUAUUACAUACAUAUGGAUCUGUUGAAAAGAAAUGUAAGCAGAAAGAUUUGAGUAAAGAUAAAUUUCAUAUUCAACAAAUGCUUGAUACUAGUCUUCAGAGUGUUCCGGAAACCAUUGAUGCAGAAAGACCAAAAUAUUACACACCAAGGAAUCCUUACCACACACCACCAUACUAUCCACAAACACCUUAUCCAAUUUUUGAUAAUCCUGCAUUAUUUGAAAAAUUUGAUAUCGAUACUCUUUUUUUCAUAUUUUAUUAUCAACAAGGAACUUACCAACAAUAUCUUGCUGCUCGAGAAUUAAAAAAACAGUCAUGGAGAUUUCAUAAAAAAUAUUUAACUUGGUUUCAACGACAUGAAGAGCCCAAAUCAAUUACUGACGAGUACGAACAAGGAACUUAUAUAUAUUUUGAUUAUGAAGGAGCUUGGUGUCAACGUAAAAAAACAGAGUUUAGGUUUGAAUAUCGAUUCUUGGAAGAUGCUGAAUUGAUGUGA